AUGCCACCUACGCCAAAAAUUGGACCAGCGCUCUUUUUGGGCAUUGAGUUGGCGACGGACCAGCUGCGAGCCUCGAUUGUAGAUGAGAGUCUUGAACUCGUAGGGGUGGAAAGCGUGGACUUUGACACGGAGUUGUCAGAAUACCAAACCCAGGGAGGCAUAUUCACGACGCCAGGAGAUGCUUACACGACGCCAGUAGAGAUGUGGAUCAAAGGCCUUGAUACGCUCUUCGAAAAACUACACAGAAACUACGACUUGACGAGGAUAAGAGGCAUUGGAGGCUCUGCACAGCAUGCUCUCGUCUGGUGGAAAUCGUCCCCCGUCCCUUCAUUAUCGUCACUGGACCCACAUAUUCCACUUCAUUCUCAUUUUCCUGCUCACUCAUUUUCACUGCCUAAUACACCCACUUCACAAGACACAUCUUCACAUACCCAUUCACUUGCCAUUGAAGCACUACUGGGAGGGCCAGAUCACAUGGCAGCUCGUCUAGGAAUCCCUGCGAGCGCAUCCAUGGUAUCUGCCCAGCUGCUUCGGGUACGGGAAAGUUGGCCUCAAGAAGUUUGGGCAAGGACUGGUCGCUUACAGCUGGCAAGCGCAUUCUUGGGGAGUCUUAUAACAGGAAAGUGGACGAGCAUGAGCGAGGCUGAAGCCUGCGCUACCGGUCUGUGGGUUCAUGGCGGCAAUCAAAAUGCUGCUAGCCUCCUUGGCCACGCCCCUGGACAAGGUUUCUGGGAUGAGGGUGUUUUAGACAUUGUUGGUGGGAGUCGAGAGGAGGGCAGAAGAGUUAGAGGGUGGUUCGGGGAUGUUGAUGUCUCUGGCGGGGGAAGGCGACUUGGAAAUGUCUCUAGAUACCUUGUGGAACGUUACAGUUUCGAUCCAGAUACCAUUGUGGCUCCAUUCACGUCUGACUAUUUGUCAACAUACCUAUCUUUGUGUCCCUCUGCAGGCGACGCUGUCCUCUCCUUUGGUCCGAUGGAUACCUUACUCACACCAGCACAGCAUUAUAUCCCUACGCGCCUUUAUAAUCUAUUCCCUCAUCCCGCUCAAGAUCCAGGAGAAAAACGGAAAUACAUUGCCGUACUCUGUAGCAGGAAUGCUGAUGUCCCACGUGCCCUCGUACGUGAUAUGUAUACAAAGAGCUGGAGCGCUUUCGAUCGCCUUGUCGCCAUCGUGCCACCAGGGGGAUCUAUUGGGCUUGACGACAAGCUAUUCAGUUUCUGGCACCUUCAAGGUGACAGCUACCCAUACUCUCGGGUGAAAGGGAUCUACCGUUUUGAAACUGGUAUCAAAGUCAACGAGUUUCGUGAUCUUCGCGCGAACCCGCGCUGUCUUCUUGAGAGCCAGCUACUCUCAUUCAGGGUGAAAUGGUCUCGCAUGAUCGCAACGGGUCUAUUGGGGCCCAGGAAAUCUGGUUUGAGCCAAACACCGCCAUUGUCUGGUCGAUCAUCGGCUGCUCUUUCCAGCCUUGGGCUACCAUUUGACCCAUACGAUUACGCCCCACUCCCGUCUAGGAUCCUCGCGACUGGUGCGGCCGCCAAUUUUCCUAGCGUGGCCAACCUUGUCGGGGACAUAUUCAAUGCCCCCAUCUUUGUGCCAAGCACACAAGUAGAUUCUGCUCAAGUUGCCCCCCAUCGAAAUGCUCCUGCCCAAGGAUAUCCAGGACGAGCUUCUCUUGGUGGGGCUUAUGUCGCGCGAUGGGUAUGGGGUCGGGAAUGGGGUUCAGGGGGGUUGGCAGGAUUUGAAGAUGAAAUCAAGCGUUUGUUGGGGAAGAGAUGGGUAGCAAGCUCGCAGACGCCACUGAGGACUAACAUCAAUGGAAGUGGAAGCAUGCUUGGGGUAGGGCUGAAUUUGGGAGGUGGAAGUGGAGGGAACAGCGGGACGAGCACACCAUAUGGUCAUCGAUCGGGACUUGGAGCUACCGUGUUUGUGGAGGAGGAUGAAGACGAGGAACUUGAGUUGGAGCGGAGUGGACGCCUGGGGCAGGUUGUAAACCCUGGCGUCAUUGGUGGUGGCCUCUAUGGCAGUGGUGCUUACAGUGACGUUGCUGGAUCCUCCCGAUUGAGGACGCAAACAGGCUCAACCGUUGACACAAUCGUCAGCAGCACAAGCUCGGUACUGACUCCCUCCACCACGUUCACUACACCAGAUCUAGGGCUUGGAAACCUUGGCGUCGUCACCCCUGCUCUGAGCGCAAACGGAAACUCUGGGACGCCAACCACGCCAACCCCUCUCACACCGGUGGUUGCGCUACCGACGGCAGACACUGAGGCCCAGGUUGGCUUGGCCAAAGUUGCGGAGCCUGACAUCGACGCAUUCAUGACGUACGCUGCCAUCGUCCCCGAAUUCUACCGGCUGGAGAGUAUGCUCAUCAAAGGCAUCGUUUGA